AUGCAUUACAUAAACUACCUAUCGAGGUGCGCCCGGGGGAAGUUCCCGCCUGGGGUUAUCCCCUACCGGAACCUCGGGCCCAAGCUAAGAGGCGGAACUAUGCUGCAGAGUUUCAGAAGACUCUACAGCGGUUACAGUAAGAAGGGCGACACAUCACACACCACAAGGCAGAGGACGGAUUGCAAAGGUGGCAAAGCGGAUCCGUAUAAAGAAACGCGUGAAAGGUGUGAAAGGGGCGAACGCGGUGACAAACCAGACGCAGAAACGUCCCUGUACUACCCAGAGGGCAACUCCUUCCCGUAUGUGACGACCGGCAUCCUGCUGGGCAUGGUGGGCAUUUCGUCCUUCUUCCAAUUUUUAAUUUACAACUUGAAAAAUUGCGACGACGAGUCCAGCAUCUUGCUGAGGGUAGACGAGAUCCUGGACCGUCUGGAUGGCUAUUUUAUAAUUCACGAUUUUGAGGGGGGCCCAAGCGAAAGGGGCAGUACAAGCGAAAGGGGAACUACCCGCGCACGUGGCGCCGACCAGCCUGGCCUCUUCAACAUCAAAUAUCUGACGUCCCCAUUUUUCGCUAAUGAAAAUAUCCUACAGUGUGCAGUUCAGCUAUCCACCUUUUUUUUAGCCUCCAGAUUUCUCGAAAGACAAUUUGGGUCCCUAAAAUUUGGCGCCCUAUUUAUAUGCGGCUCCAUACUCUCCAACCUUCUAACUCAUCACUUUUUAAAAUACCUGACAAACCAAAUGGAAGCAUUUAACUUCCUCAGCCCUGUUCUAAUACACCCUUCUGGGUCCAUGGCUUUUAUAUGUGCCCUGUGCUCCAUUUGCUUCAAAAAUUGUGCCAUCUGGAAAGACAUCCCUGUCCACUGCUCCAUUUUAAUCGUUCCUUAUCUUUUUUCUUCCUUUUACGGCCUCUUAUCUUUGUACAAAAUUGGAAAGAACAGCCUGGAAAAGACUAACGGGGAUGUCACUCAGGAAGGAGGCACUCCCAAUCAGCGGAACUUACUCCAAAAUGUAGACGCUAUCGACCAUCCCUAUGAAGAUCCCCCACAUGUGGGUAUACCAAACGAAACGAGCAGAAGUCAUGAGAACGACCGAAUUGACCCCCUCCACAGCAAUGACAAAGAACAGUCAAAUGGCCUGCCCAGUAACAAACCCAUCCCAAGUGAAGCCAUGGAAACGUUAAGGAACUUCCUAAUCGUAAAAGCAUGUGAUGCAGUUAUUAAGAGACACAAAAAGGAAAAUAUGUUUCCAAAAAAAAAGCUGCAGAACCUUAAAAAUGAAUCGCUAAGGAAGAUCAACGAAAUUAAUAACAAGUCGAAGAAAAUAUUUUUUGGUUUGUCUUCUUCCUUUACCGACAUAUGUGGCAUCCUGCUCGCCUCAUGCGGGCCUUUCCUUUUAAAAAUGGUCAGAUAG